GCGAGAGCCUGGCGCGCGGGGCGGGGGGGCGGCGGGAGCCCCAGCGUGAGCGGCGCCAGCGCGAGGCCCCGGCCCGGCUCCCUCAGGCUGCUGUGAAGGAUGGGUGACGACAGGCCCUUCGUGUGCGGCGCCCCGGGCUGCGGACAGAGGUUCACAAACGAGGACCACCUGGCGGUUCAUAAACACAAGCAUGAGAUGACAUUGAAAUUCGGCCCCGCUCGCACCGACUCCGUCAUCAUCGCAGAUCAGACUCCGACCCCGACUCGGUUCCUGAAGAACUGUGAGGAGGUGGGACUCUUCAACGAGCUGGCGAGUUCCUUCGAGCACGAGUUCAAGAAAGCUGCUGAGGAUGAUGAAAAAAAGAGCUCCGGAGCCCUGGACAUGUCCCUGCCCUCCACUCCGGACAUCAAGAUCAAGGAGGAGGAGCCGGUGGAGGUGGACUCGUCCCCGCCGGACAGCCCCGCGUCCCGGCCGCGCUCGCCCCAGCACAAGGACAAGGAGGGCCCCUCCAAGCCCGUGAUCCUUUCCACGCCCACCCCCACCAUCGUGCGGCCCGGCUCGCUGCCGCUGCACCUGGGCUACGACCCCCUGCACCCCACGCUGCCGUCCCCCACCUCCGUCAUCACCCAGGCCCCCCCCUCCAACCGACAGCUGGGGUCUCCCACCGGCUCCCUCCCGCUCGUCGUGCAGCUCGCCAACGGCCAGACCAUGCCCGUGCUCCCCGGCCCCCCCGUGCAGAUGCCUUCUGUCAUUUCGCUGGCCCGGCCGAUGUCCAUGGUGCCGAACAUUCCCGGCAUUCCCGGGCCUCCCAUCAACAGCAGCGGGUCCAUCUCGCCCUCAGGGCUCCCGGUGCACUCCGAAGCCAAAAUGAGGCUGAAGGCCAGCCUGACAGCAUCGUCCUCGCUGAACGGCGGCAGCCUCGUGGUGGGCUCAGCCAGCACCAUGGUGACCGCGCGGCCGGAGCAGAGCCAGAUCCUCGUCCAGCACCCUGACGCCCCCUCCCCGGCUCAGCCACAGGUGUCCCCUGCCCAGCCCACGCCCAGCACGGGCGGGCGCCGCAAGCGGGCGGUGGACGAGGACCCGGACGAGCGGCGGCAGCGAUUCCUGGAGCGGAACCGUGCGGCCGCCUCGCGCUGCCGCCAGAAACGCAAGCUCUGGGUGUCCUCCCUGGAGAAGAAAGCCGAGGAGCUCACGAGCCAGAACAUCCAGCUGAGCAAUGAGGUGACGCUGCUGAGGAACGAGGUGGCCCAGCUGAAGCAGCUGCUGCUGGCCCACAAGGACUGUCCGGUCACGGCCCUGCAGAAGAAGACUCAGGGCUACCUGGAGAGCCCCGAAGGAGAGCUCGGAGCCCACGGGCUCGCCCGCGCCGGUCCAUCCAGCACAGCUCCACCUCGGCCGCGCCCCAACGGGCUCAGCGCGCGCUCGGCCGCCGAGGCCGUGGCCACCUCGGUGCUGGCCCAGAUGGCCGGGCAAAGGACAGAGCUGGCCGUGCCCGUGGCCUCCCACGUCAUCAUGGCCCCACAGUCGCAGUCUGCCGGCAGAUGAUGGCCCUGGGGCCGAGGAGCGCCCGCUGCGGCCGCACGGACUGACCACGGCCCCGGCGCUGACCGGCGGGGGCCCGCCAGGAAUUUUUCCUUUUUUUUUUUUUGGGUUUUAUUCUUUUUUUUUUUUUUUUUUUUUUUGAGUUAAGGGCAGCUCUGGCGCUUCCCCACUGCACAGUCCGUGGAGCUCUCGGGCCCUCGGCCCCAGAGCCCCUGGAAAAGGCGGGUUCGGGGAUCCGUGUGGUUAACACUAAAGCUCCGUGUGUGGGCACCGCUCCAGGCCUGGCCCUGUCCCCCCUCGGCAGGAGGCUGUGACGCUCCGUGCUGUCCCCGUGCUGCUCCCAGUGCUCGUCCCCGCUCCCACCCCUGAAUCGUUGCACCUUCACCAGGAGCCUCCCGGAGCUCUGAGGUCACAGGGAUCGAGGUCUCCUCCCUCCCCGAUCCCAGCGAUGGAGUUCGGACACCAUGGGAAGCGGGCAGCUCUGGAUUUGUGCCCCGGUGGCCGGGACGAGGGGCCAGCGUGGGGCUCUGGGGACAGAGUGACCCCGGGGCUGCUCCCGUGCCAGGGGCUGGGAAAGGUACGGCCUGGCCAGGGCUGCUCCCGCCUUCCCGACGGGAAAGGGGCUGCGAGUGGGCGCUGGGAGCCGGGAUGGGGUGCGGGGCAGGGCCCAGCUGGCAGUGACACCGUGAGUCCCCAAACCCCCAAACCCGCCCGAGCAAACCCCGGGAUCACCUCCCGCUCAGGCGACCUCGAUGACCUCAACAAUGGUGGCCUUAAAUCAUGGAAUUGUUGCCUGUUCCGAGGGGAGGGCACAGGGAAUUGGGCCGGUGUUCGCCCAGGGUUUUGCCUCUCCCUCAUGGCUCUGGCACUUCCCAGCUGGAGCAAACAAAGGAUCCAUGGAGCUCCCGGCUCCAGGGUCCGAUCCCAUCCUCCUCAGCGAGGAACUCUUGGAGUCGGGUCCCUUUUCCUGCCGGGGUGGACACUGGGCUCCCCUGUGUCCGUGUGUGCCUGCCCGAGGUGCCACGGUCGGAGCCAGCAGCUGGGAAUUGGGAAAGGUUAUGCCUGGUUUUGGGAUGGGGAAGGAAUCUCGGCCUGCUCCAUGGAGCUGCUCCAGCCCCUGGAAUCCCUGCCCCUCCCAGGUCCCUCCUCAGCCAAGCCCUCCCCCCUCAGGUCGCACUUCGCCACUUUGGAGCCAGGCUGGUUUGUCCAGGUGAUUUGUUUGGCUUCUCCACGCUUGGAAGGUUCCCAGGGACAGCAAAACCCAAAGCGAAGGCUGAGCAGGAGGCUGGGAUCCCGGCACAGACGGGAAAGUCCAGAGAUUUGGGGUUUUUCCAGGGAUGGGAUCUGGCUUCUCCCCCUCCUCUUUAGCAGCUCUUCCUCAACUGGGAUCAGGAUCGGGAUCGGGAUUGGGAUUGAGAUUGGGGUGGGUUUGUGUUGCUGCUCCUGCACUCCCCUUUUUCCUCUUGCUCAUCCCAGCUCCUCCCCGUGCUCGGGGUCACAUCCGGCCUCGGGAACCUCUUGUUGGGAUCCCGCACAUCCCCCAAAUGUUGCUUUUCCUCCCUUAAAGCUGUUCCUGAAGCACAGUCCGUGGGUUCCCAGCUGUUUCCAGCAUUCCCUAUCCUGACCCGGGCUGUGUUUCUGCUGCAGGACGUGGCCAGGAGGGUCCGGGUGAGGCACAGGGAGGGCUCAGGCUGGUUUGGGGGAUCCUGGGAGGGUUUGCAGGAGGUGCAGGAUCUUUGCCCUGUCCAGCGGCUCAUCCCGUGGUGUGGUGUGAGCCCUGGCGUCCGUCAGGGGCCAUCCCAGCGUUCGGCCUCUGCAGGAAAUCCCGAAUCUCCGGGAAAAGUGCCGGUGGGAAGGGGAAGGGAAGGAGGAAUUGAGCUCUGGGCUGGUUCCCCGUUUGCUGCAGGGUCUGGGGCAGCAGGGGAGGCCUCGCUGGGAGAACCAGGAGCGAGCGAAGGGUGGAGGGGCGGAAAAUCCGGGAUAGGUUUGGAUUGAGGGCAGCACUUUCCUCAGCCUCUCUCGUUUUACCCUCGGGGCACUGACAGCGGCUGGGUUUUGUGUGACGGGGUUUUCCUGCCUCACUGCUCUUCCCGGGAAUCCUCGUGGCCCCCUCGUCUCUCCGUUCCCAUCCCUCCCACACCCCGAAGCUCCCCAUUCCCACAUCCCCAUCGCCAGUGCCUUGAAAAUCCUGCAAAUCCGGGAAAAGACGGUGGGAACGCUGCAGACGUGGGCAGGGACAGGCAGGGAACGAGCUGAGUCCAGGUUCGGCUGUACCUGGAUCUGUUGUUGCUUCACUCGCAGGGUUGGAGCUUCCCGUGCCCAUUCCAGGUGUGUUUUACCCCAAAAGCAGCCACUUCCCACUUCGUGACCACCUUUGGGGCGAAAAACCCUGAUUUCUGCUCCGUGGUGAUUCCUCUCGCUUUUCCAAUGUUUUCUCCCGCUUUUUCCGAGGCUCCCGGGGGUGGCAGCCCCUGGCCCCGCUCGGGCAGCGCCGGGCACCUGCACUUUGCUCUGCCAGCCCCGGUUCCCGGGAUCCCAGCGGGUCCCGAGCCUUCCUCCCGUCCCUUCCUCAGUCCGUCCGUGCCGGGUUCGGAUCGCCGGGAUCUCCCUCCCUGAAAUCGGGGGAGAUACAGGAGCUCCUCACAGGAGCUCUGCGGGCUUGAAGGGGGCUCCUUUAGGGUCGGGUUGGGGGAACAGGGAGAGCGGGAUCAGCUGGGUUUGGGGGUUUAUGGAUUUUAUCCGAACUGUAACUUUGAAUAGGAACAAGUGGCUGCAAACCGGCUCCCGGGGAGCCCCGCGGUGGGGGAGCUCCUUCCCUCCUCCUCCUCCCUUUUCAGCCUCCAAACCCCUCAGGGAUGGGGCGGGGUGGGGAGGGUUGGUGCUGCUUUCCCGCCCCAGACUGCUCUUGUGUCCGGAAUUCUUUGGCUCAGGUGGGAAAUGUCAUGUUGGGACUCGUGGACCCGUUCCUGCUCUGUUCGCCCCAGUCCCGCGCACACGGGGCCCCCAAAACGAGCCCGGGAGGUGCCGGAGGGAUGCGGAUCCUGGGCAUGCUCCCCACCCCCCACGAGCUUUGACGAUCAAUAAUGGAAGAAGCCAAAAAAGGACCCCCCGAGUACCUGUGUAGUAUCUAUCAGUCCAUAUCGACGCCUAUACGCACCCAUAUAUCGUAGAUCGGCCGCCGCCGCGGGUCUGCCCCCACCCCCCCGCAGCCCCCGAGGGACCCCCAGCUCCGCCCGGGCUCCUGUGAGCCGGUCCUCACAGUCCCCGCGGGGGCCCGGGGCCGCGGGGGACCCGGGGGACACGUCCCAGCCUCCCCCAGCCCCCGGCCGUGUCAUACCAAACAUGUAACGUGCCUUUAUUUAUGCUGCAAAUAUAACAUUAAAAUAUUACCCAGGA